AUGUAUUGCAUUUGGUUCAGCGGUAUCCGCCGAGCUGGGAAGACAACGGCAGCAAUUGCUUUGAAAUUAUGCCUUAAGGAGCAAUACAACAUGCAUGCAGUUCUGGUUGACAUCGAUGAUUUAAAAGCAACGCUAAAUGAAGACCUGAAAUUCUCCAGAAACGAUCAAAGAGAGAAUAUGAGGAGGAUAGCACAUGUUGCAAGAAUUUUCUGCAGCGAAAAUAUCAUAUCAAUCGUAACAUGCAUAUCCCCGUUCGCUGAGGAUCGAAGAAUGACGAGAGAAAUUUUUAAGCGAGAAAGUAUAGAAAUGAUACACAUCUUGCUGGACAUCCCAAUACAUGUAGCGAAAGAACGAAAUCCAAAGGCUCUGGAUGAAAAACAAGAACAGGGGAUAAUAUCAGGUGAUGAUGAUGAAGUCUUUCUAAUACACGCCCCGUUUGAGAGACCAGAUAACUGUAACUUGGCUAUUCGAACGGAUCAAUUUUCUAUUCCAGAAACGAUGGAAUUGGUUCUUAAAGCAUCAGGCAACAUUGGGCUUUUGUAA